UCUUUGCUUUCUGUCACCGCACACAACUAACAACCCAACUUGUCUCAAUUCCCAAUAAACAAUAGGAGGAGUAGUUAACACAUAAAAAGUCAUUUGGAAUUUCAAUCAUAAAUGCAAAUGUCUGAAGAUGCUGUAUGAGAGUCAAGAGAUGCGAAUGAGAAUGGAAGUUGGAAAACAACAACCGUUUGAAAGGAAGAGUAGGAGAACAACAAGUAGAAGAAGUACGAUAACUAUCGUAGAAGAAGUAGAUGAAGAAGAAGAAAGGCUUGAGAUUGUGGAUCUAAGUGGAAUGUCUAUGGAGUCUCUUCCCGUCAAUCCAUCUAUCAAUUUGGGAGCUAUCUGCAAAUUGGACCUCUCCAAAAAUAAUCUUCAGAGUAUACCAGAAUCUAUAACAGCCAGACUGCUCAACUUGGUGGAGUUAGAUAUGCAUUCAAAUGAGCUCAAGUCCAUUCCCAACUCUAUAGGCUGUCUCUCAAAGCUCAAAGUUCUCAAUGUUUCUGGAAACCUCCUUCUGUCGCUCCCUAAGACUAUUGAGAAUUGCAGAUCGUUGGAAGAGUUGAUUGCCAACUUCAACAUGCUUACUCAUUUGCCAGACACCAUUGGAUUUGAGCUCAUAAAUCUCAAGAAGCUUUGUGUAAAUUCAAAUAAACUAGCAUACCUUCCUUACUCUACCUCUCACUUAACCAACCUUCGUGUAUUAGAUGCCAGGCUAAACUGCUUGAGGUCUCUCCCCGAUGAUCUCGAAAACCUAAUCAACCUCGAAAUCCUCAACGUUAGCCAAAAUUUCCAGUACCUCACAAAUCUUCCCUAUUCAGUAGGGUUUCUCAUUUCCCUGCAUGAAUUAGAUGUUAGCUACAACAAGAUCUCAGAGUUACCGGAUUCCAUUGGAUGUCUGAAGAAGCUCCAAAAGCUGAGUGUGGAAGGCAACCGUCUCGUUUCUCCUCCACCGGAUGUGGUGGAGAAAGGAAUAAAUGCAGUGAAGCAAUACUUGUGUGAAAAGAUAAACGGAUUGCAUGACAAGUCUCCUAAGAAGCAAUCUUGGUUUGGGAAGCUAGCUAGGUGCAGCACCUUCAAUGGCCCCAACAUACCGAGAGAUCAUGAUGGGGACGGGUUUGAUAGUCCGAACCGUCGAUCUAUUGAUGCAAUUGCCUCUCCGAGAUUUCUGGUUAUGCUUUCUCCUCGUCGGCUCCUCUCUCCCAAAACCUACUUCUCGAAAUAAUGAAGUUAUUUUGAUGCAAGAGUAAACUUGCAUUUAUUCUUAAUUUGCCAAGACUUAGCAAGUUCCAAGGGUGUGAUUACGUUGCUCUUGCUUUCUUUCGAGUUUGAAAUCGUGUGAGCUUGAUGAAGAUGUAUAUUGUGUCAUGUAUACUUAGCUUUGAGAUCUUGAGAUUGUAUAUUACAGAUUUUAGUAGAGUUUGCUUUUUUGAUAUUGGGGUUGGCCGUGGUUAAAAGCUCGAGGGUUCAGGGUCCAUCGGAUGAGUAUGUCUACGAAUAGAAACACAUUUGAUUCUGGAAAAGGAUAGUUUUAUUUAAGACAUUUCGCCGUUAUAUCUAAUAAUAAGUGCUUCACUGUUUUGCUUUACA